AGAAGAAGACCCUGUCGCCUCUUCCUCCUGGUCCCAAGCCUUGGCCGGUGGUUGGUAGUGCUCUCGGACUUGAUCCUAAUCAGCCAUGGGUGACAUUCAAAGAGUGGGGAACAGUAUGCGGAAGUGACAUUGUAUAGCCAAAGACCUUAUGGAGCAUCGUUCAAACAAGUACUCGGACCGCCCGCAUAUUGCGACAAAUGACUUUUAUGGCUUAAGCUACAACUCGAUUCUUCUACCGUAUGGAGACCGCUGGAGACUGCACAGACGGCUCUUCCAGCAAGCAUGUCGCCCAGAGGCUGCACGCACGUACAGAACUAUGCAACUUAGACAAGCCCGGCAGCUAGUGCAGAAUAUCCUUUUGCAUCCAGCUGAGUAUGAGUCGCACCUGAAGACCCACGCGGCCUCCAUCAUCAUGUCCAUCGUAUAUGGCUAUGCACCAGAGCCCUUAAACGACUCGCUCGUCAACAUGAUCGAGGAGGGCUUGCCACUUGUCAGCGAAGCCAUGAGACCAGAAAAUUCGGGGCUGAUCACUGUGCUUCCCAUCCGUAAAUUUCUUGCCCUGCGAUGACCGUCAUCUGUUAAUCCUGAGACGUACACUGGCAGUUAAAUAUAUUCCACUAUGGAUGCCAGGAUCUCGCAUGCGGAGAAAUGCCAUCAAAUGCUUCGAGUAUUCUGAGACCAUAAUGCGAAUACCGUUUGAGAAAACGCAGAAGAACAUGGCUGAGGGUCGCUCAAAAUCGUGCAUGGUCAGCAGCACGCUGGAGAAGAUGGAAGAUGGCUCCGAGGCGCAGUUGACGGAACGAGGUCUCAAGGAAUGUGCGGCGACAAUUAGUGGAGGUGCGUCUGAGACGACGUCGUCAACGCUGCUGGUUUUCAUCUUGGCCAUGGUGCUUAACCCCGAAGUCCAGAAGAAGGCCCAAGCAGAAGUCGAUUAUGUCGUCGGUUUGGGUAACCUUCCGGACUACACCCAUCAAUCUAUGAUGCCCUACGUUGAAGCUGUUCUGCGGGAAACUCUGAGGUGGCAUCCCGUCGCUCCAUUCGCUAUUCCCCAUGCUACGUCAGAAGACGACGUCUACGAGGGAGCGUAUAUCCCAAAGGGUGCUACCGUCAUACCCAACCUUUGGGCAAUGUCUCGCGAUCCCAAGUACGACCAGCCCGAAGACUUCAACCCCGAAAGGUUCCUCAACCCAGACGGGACACUGAAUGACGACGACGUCAGCUACGCGUUCGGCUUUGGCAGGCGCGUCUGCGUCGGGAGAUAUGUCGCGGAGGCCUCCGUCUGGACGAGCAUCGCGUCGUUAUUGGCCGCUUUCAGUUUUGAGAAAGCCAAAGACGAGCAGGGGCGACCAGUUGACUUUGAGGUGAAGUGGACUACGGGUAUCACAUCUUUCCCAGAGCUGUUCCCGUUCAAGAUCGUCCCUCGGCAUGCUUCUAUGACGCCCGAAAGCGUCGGAGCACUCAUGGACGAGCUGCGGGAUGAUGAAGUGUACACCGAUUGAUCUCAAGAAAGAAGCUGUUAUAUUGGCGAUUUUUUGUAUUUACUAGGACGCGCCUUCGCGCGUAUCUUGCUUGUUGGUUAGCAUAUCUCAGCCUCAAUUUUCCGACCUUUUACGAUUGCCACCAUGCGUCGCAGAAGUCCACGGGUCAAUGAUCGGCACCGACCUGCCUAUUAGAAAUCAUGAGGGCAAAUUACUUCCGCGCUCGCUUAUCACGCUGUGUUUGACGGGCGCUAAUCUGCACCAAUCAGCAGCCCUUUUUUCUUGUUCGGAACCAGUGUGAAUACAUAUUGGAUCUGAGCUCGACCAUGACAUGGAAAAUGCUGGUGGGGAGAGUCUUUUGAACUCACGCUUUGUCUUUUGACAGUCAUCAUGGCGACUACGCCCCUCGACGCGAAGACUUUGGCUAUCGGGGCGUCAGCCGUCCUCGUCUCCUCGAUUGCCUUUCGUGCUUGUUGGUCUCGAAGAGGCCCUCGCGGGCUGCCUCCUGGUCCACCGCCCCUGCCUAUCGUCGGGAACCUGCUGGGUCUGGACACAGAGGCACCAUGGCUCACGUUUACAGAAUGGAGGGGCACCUAUGGUGACCUGAUAUCUGCGCGGUUCUUUUCCCAGGAAAUUAUCAUCGUAAACUCGGAGAAGAUCGCGAAGGAGCUCAUGGAGCUACGUUCGGCGAACUACUCGGAUAGGCCGCGAAACGAUGUGAACGAUUUCUUUGGGUUGGAAUACAACUCCGUCCUUCUCCCAUACGGAGAGCGCUGGCGGAACCAUAGACGGCUGUUUCAUCAGGCAUGUCGUCCCGAGGCUGCGCACGCGUACCGUCCGGCCCAACUUCGUCUCGCCCGUCAACUCGUUCAAAGCCUCCUUGAGGAUCCUCAGGAUUACGAGAUACACCUCAAGACGCACGCAGCUUCCGUGAUCUUUCACAUCGUGUACGGCUAUGAGCCGGAGAAACGAAACGACCCAUGGAUGAAUCUCGUUGAGGAGGCUUUGCCGCUGAUUAUCGAAGCUAUGAGACCCGAAACGGCGGGCGUUCUGACGGUCUUCCCGUUUCUCAGAUACAUCCCGCUGUGGAUGCCUGGCUCAAAACUCCGUAGGGAUGCGAUCAAGUGCAAGGAGUUGACUGAUGAGAUGAUGAGGAUCCCCUUUGAGGAAGUAAAACGAUGGGUUGCCGAGGGCCAAGCACGGGACAGCAUGGCCAGCAAUGCGUUGAAUAGGAUGCACGAAGGAACCGAUGACCAUCUGACGGAGAAGCUUAUUCGUGAGGCUUCAAACGUGAUUGUGUCGGCUGCAUCUGAUACGACCUCAUCGACGCUUUCCACAUUUAUAUUGGCCAUGGUCCUUUUCCCAGAGGUACAGAAGAAAGCCCACGCAGAAAUAGACGCAGUUCUCGGGUGUGAAACUCUGCCAGAGCUUGAUCAUCGACCAGCAUUACCCUACAUCGAAGCUGUGAUGCGUGAAACUUUGCGGUGGCACCCCAUCGCUCCCAUGGCCAUCCCUCAUGCUGUUAAGGAUGAUGAUGUUUACGAAGGCUAUCAUAUUCCAAAAGGAUCUAUCCUCAUACCUAACGUCUGGGCGAUGUCCCGCGACCCGACACGAUACCCAGAGCCAGAGAACUUCAACCCAGACAGAUUCUUACAUCCCGACGGCACCCUCAGCGACGACGAUGUCGGCUUCGCGUUCGGAUUCGGCCGGAGAAUAUGCGUCGGACAGCACGUGGCGGACGUCUCAGUGUGGACGGCUAUCGCAUCCCUCCUUGCCGCAUGCAAGUUCGAGAAGGCGAAGGAUGAAAAUGGAAAGGAGAUUGUAUUUGAGCCCAAGUGGACGACAGGUGUCACUUCAGCCCCGGCCCCCUUCCCAUUCACCAUCGUCCCCCGGCAGUCUGGGACCACCACUAGGGAGACUUAGGGCCAACGACACGCCCAGCGCCUAUCAGAAGGUUUCCUUUUUGAGAAGCUCCACAGCCGAUGCUUGGGCGCCAAAUCAAUACUUUUUUUGUUUUUGUACGUUAACUGCACACUUUGGUGCUUUGGUCAUGCUCCAUCUGGUAUCUUGCCUUCAAGUGCUACUACUUGACAUUAAU